CUACAACCUGUGAAUGCACCCAAGACUUCGAUCCUUGACACAGGCCUGGCACUCGGAAGAUGCUUCGGGGCUCGCACUGGCAGUAUCCCAGUACCUCGAUCUGAGCAGCCCCAGUCGUACAGAAAUCCGCCUGUCCCGCAAUGAAGGAAAAUCUGAGCUUGCGCGAUUGAGAGACGAAAACUGUGCCCUACGCACCCGCAUUGCGGAAUUGGAGAUGGAGAAUGCUCUACUGCGGGACAGCACCACGAUUUCGUGCACGCCGCCUGCAAUGCACGUUCCCAAGUCGCCCGUUUCCCCUGCACCUACCCCUCCCCCUUCAAAACCCCGUGUACUAGCCCCCGACUUGCCCAUUGAAAUCGUGGCGGACAUCAUGGAUCACGUCGGGGACUGGGAACUGGCUCGCGCCGUCGGCGUGCCCACCUCGCUCCCGCGUCCUUCCGCGUGGUCUCUUGCCUCCCCCGUGGAUCUAGCCAUGCUCACGGGCUCUCUGGCGCUCAUCCGAGCCGCGGAUCCUGUGACGCAUCUGCCGACCAUCGGGGCAGACCUCUGCAUACGCUUCGGCUACGUCCAUGUGCUCGAGUACUUCCUGGUCGAGUCGCUUCGCCUGGCGGACAACGCCAUAUUCAAAAAGAUCUACAAAAACGACUGUAUACCGAUCAAAGCCUCGUUGCAUGGGCGCCUCGAGGUGCUGUCCUGGUGGAAACAUGGGAUGGAGCGACAUGCGGAUCUUCUGCCAUCUCCGACAUCUAUCUCACAGGCCCUUCACAACGCAUCGUGUCACGGCAAGGUGCUAGAGUGGUGGGACAGAUCUCGAUUGCCGCUUCAAUACAGGCUUUGUGAUAUCGAAGAAGCCCUCGAGGAUGCAAUUGGAGGAGGCGAAGCUGCUCGUGACUGGUGGCGAAGUAAAGGCGUGAAUUUCAACGCUAACGAUAACGAGUGGAUGAAGCUUCAGAAUCUCAAUUGAGACCUCAUCUUCACCACGCAUGAAUGAAAACUCCCAUACCGAGUCCCCUGCAGCGCUGGCGCGCGGCUUCACUGUCAUGUCGUGAACGGGGUAGAGAGCGAGGAGAUCUUGCUGCGACUGAAAACUCGGUCUGCCGGUGCUGUCUCUGGAACACACCAAUACACUGCCCGGACUGCACUCGGGAUCGGAGGCGCUGUCCAGGAGAACGGUCAUAUGAGUCAGUUUCGGCAUAGCUGUGAGAGGGACAUCUUGGAGCCAAGUAGGGAUCGAGUUUGUGGCGGACAAGUCGGCAGCGUCGUGUAUCCAUAACGAUAUGUGGGUUAUAUGCGAAAAGAAGUGAGUUCCACCCGCAGACAUCUUCAGUGGAUUCCAUCGCGGGUGCUUGCCAGCAAAGACGACACGCCGGCAGAGCCAGUCAUACUGAGGAUCGGCGCCUGGACUCGCGAGGCUGUUAUACAGGAGAUGCAUCGCUCGGAAGUCGAGUCCCAGGCAAUCGAGAUUGCGCAGAACUGAGUACAGAGCGCCGUAGUCCAGAUCAAAGCCCGCAGAGAAGGGGUGCCGCUCCGCGCACUCUGUGCACCAGAACCGACGCACCAGCCGUGGAUACUCGAGCGCCAAGCGGGAAGCCGGCUUCAUUGCGAGUAGUUUUCUCUGCAGCACGAUAGACUCUAUGAACGCAAUGACGUGGUCGGUCGUGCAGAGCACUACCGUGCGUAGGAGAUGCGGCAUCGCGAUAGAGCACAGCAUAGACGAUGUCGAGGCCAGAGAAAUCGCAGUGGCAUACGACGGACGGUGCAACGCAGUGGAACAGUCGGGUGAAGCACCGAUCCGGACGACUUCCAGGAUCAGCUCCAAGGGCAACCUGGCGAAAGGGAAAUUCAUGGAUGGGAGAUGCAAGGGAAAGCGCUCCUUGAACUAGGCGGAUUGAGGUCACCAGGGACACUUUGUGGCUCAAAACGGUAACCGUCGGCCGUCCGUGAGAAGGAGCUGGGCAGCCCAUUGUUUCGGUCUGCGCAAGGAUCCCCGCGUCGGCCAGGCUUUCGUAUUUGAUUCGUACGAAAGCUGCAACUUUUCGGAUGUUACGCGCGGUCCGCGCCACGCCAUCGAGUGCCGCUGAAUGACUGAAGGCCACCACCAGACCUUGAGUUCUGACAUGGGCCCAGAGAGGCUGACGCUGCUACCAGAGUGCAGUCGGAGCAGUUCCUGGUGCAUGCCGGAGGUUAGUUGACCAGAUGAAUGUGCGAUCGGCCGUCGCCUAGUAGUAUCGACCUACGAGCGUGAUUAGGAUAUGCCUGCUCCUACCACAUCGGCCUAGGCACAGCACUCUAGAGGGUAUCGUUAUCAUGGAGCAACGCACCUCGUCGUAUCGACCAGGCACAUCUGGCGGUACCGGCACCAGGUUUGGGGAGACUCCGGGCAUCGCAGACUCCCAGAAAUCACAGAACACCGCUGGGAGAUCUGCGCGUUACGUAUCGCCCGCUCUCUCCCACAGCGUCCCGCGGCUACUCAAGAUGGACUAGGAGCGUAAGAUCACCCCUAUUGCUGGGGGCGAGACGAUUUAGGUGGCUGGGCCCUUGUUAUGGACUCGAUCUGAUCAUUUUCCGCGCUAAAAUAUGUCACUUUGGAAGUUGAAUAACGAUGUCGAGACCAGUAUCUGGAAGAUGUCAAGUCCCGGACUCUGUGGCUUACUCAUCGGGAGCCCGUGUCAAGGACAUCUGUGACUACGCGCGUGCAUGUAACAGGUGAAAAAGCCGAUACCAAGGCGUCCGGGAGAGGCGUGGGAUGUCUUUCCAAGAGAUGACUCGAAUCAACAGACUACGACGAGCAGGACUGUAGCUCAGGUUUCG